GCUACAAAUGGGACAACAAUGGCUGGUCUGAGGGCAAUUGGCUAUGACUUUGACUAUGAUGACUUUCAUAGAUUUGUUCAUGGGAGAUUGCCAUAUCACUUGCUGAAAACAGAUCCAGUUCUAAGGGGUAUUUUGCAAAGCCUCCCUAUUAGGAAAGUGAUUUUUACAAAUGCAGACCAUAGUCAUGCAGUUCGGGCACUCCAAAGGCUUGGACUUGAGGAUUGCUUUGAAAGAAUCAUAAGCUUUGAUACUCUGAAUCCCUCCAACAAGAUCAAUACACUUGAUGUUAAAAAUGGCAGCGAAUCCAAACCAGUUUCCACUGAAAUUUUCGAUUUCUAUGAGUACGUGCGCCACCCAGGCCCUGACGUGAUACUUCCAAAGACUCCAGUUGUUUGUAAACCCUUUGAAGAUGCAUUUGAGAAUGUUUUUGAGAUAGCAAAUAUUGACCCUAAGAGAACAUUGUUCUUUGAUGAUAGUACCCGCAAUUUACUGACAGCCAAACGCGUAGGCCUCCACACAGUUGUGGUUGGUACUUCCGUUCGAACUACAGGAAUUGAUCAUGCUUUGGAAAGCAUCCAUAAUAUCAGGGAGGCAUUUCCAGAACUCUGGGAAGCCAGCGAAAAGCAUGAAAUUGUCAAAUAUAAGGUUGCAAUUGAGACAUCAGUGAAAGCUUAGUCUAGAAUACAAGUUUAGUGCCUUGUUUUGUGUAGGCGCCUGUCUCAUCAAUGUAAUUGUUAUUUGAAUUUUUAUUAAAUAUGAAUAUUUUGUUCAGUA